UGUGUCCCCUCCCGGCCGCCGUCGGCGGUAUCCCGGGGUGACCGGUCCGGUGUCGCGUCCGCGCCGUCGAGGAGCYCCCGGUGCCGCCAAUGCGCGUCCCGGCCUGAGCGUGUGACCSGGAGCGGCCGAGCGGAGCCGGAGCGCGGCCACCGCAGCCCGGGGGUGACGCCGGUCCCCGCCGGCCGCCGUCACCGCCGCCGUGGCGGGACCGGGCCGCGCGUGGCGGAGCGCCCCGGGCCGCGGGCCGUGGGCCGAGCGCAGCCGUUGAGCUGCGGGGCCUCGGCGGAGCCAGCGCAGGCCUCUGUGGUCUCUCUGCAAAUCUCCUGGGGUUGCUCUGGCCUGCCCAAAUUAUUCCUGUAGCAUUGGUUGCUCUGGAUGGCUGGUGAAGAGGSAUGUUCAAUCUAAUGGCCAAUUGCUGCAACUGGUUAAAACGGUGGAGGGAACCUGUCAGGAAGGUGACACUAAUAAUGGUGGGUCUUGAUAAUGCUGGGAAGACCGCUACAGUCCGAGGAAUUCAAGGAGAGUCUCCUGAAGAUGUGGCUCCAACAGUUGGAUUUUCCAAAAUUGAUCUUAAACAGGGACGCUUCGAAAUCACCAUCUUUGAUUUGGGAGGCGGUAAACGAAUUCGGAAUAUCUGGAGGAAUUACUAUGCCGAGUCCUACGGUGUCAUAUUUGUGGUGGAUUCCAGUGACAUUGAAAGAAUGGAAGAAACAAAACAARCCAUGAUCGAAGUUUUAAACAGCCCUAAGAUAUCAGGAAAACCUGUGUUAGUGCUGGCAAAUAAGCAGGACAGAGAAGGAGCUCUGUCAGAAGCAGAUGUAAUUGAGUCCUUAUCACUGGAAAAGUUGGUUAAUGAACACAAGUGUCUCUGUCAAAUUGAACCUUGCUCAGCGAUCAUGGGUUGUGGGAAAAAAAUUGAUAAAUCAAUCAAAAAGGGGUUAUUGUGGCUUCUCCAAAUCAUAGCAAAAGAUUUUGAUGCCUUAAAUGAGCGCAUCCAGAGAGACACUACAGAGCAAAAAGCAUAUGAAGAACAGAAGAAACUGGAACGAGCUGAGCGAGUCAGGAGGAUACGGGAAGAGAGGGAAAAAGAAGAAGGAAAUGUACCUGAGGAGGAAGACCCUGACCCUGGGAAAUGUGGAAACCCCUUCCAGCCUAUUUCUGCUGUUAUCUCUGAGAAUGAAAAACAGCUGGAAAAGGAAAAGAAGAGGCAAAAGUUGGAGACUGAAAAGGCUACAGUUGUCUUGAAAUCCCAAGCAGAGCAGGACCUCUUAUCAAGUAGCAGUAGCCAAAACACAAAUGACAGCAGGCUGGAAAGGUGCAACUCUACAACUGCCCAGCUUUUGCAGCAUGCAGAAGAGAGUGACCAACAAGCCUCAGAAUGCCUUGACUCAGAUAACAGUAAGAAAAAAAGUAAAAAACCCAAAUUAAAACGGGGCCACCGAGUAGAACCUGUUAAUGCAGAGGACWCUCUUCCCAAAAAUCCUACGCCACCACCAGCUCUUCCACCAGUUGGAUGGGGAACUCCCAAACUUAAUAGACUUCGAAAACUUGAGCCUCUGGGUGAAACUCAUCAUCCUGAUUUCUAUGGAAAGCCUCUUCCCCCGCUCACUCUACGCCAAAGACCCAACAGUGAUACCCACGAUGUCAUUGCUUAAUGGAUCACAAAGAAAACAUUAACGAGAAUUUUAAACAAAACCUAUUCAAAAAACCUAUCAUUUUUGUUCCCUUGAAGGGAAAUUUUUAAAAUUACAUUAAUCAGCGUGUUGCAAAACAACUUGGUGACAACUAAACAUGGAGUUCAUCCUUUUUUACUUAGGUGGUCAGACUUUGUCAUUUACUUCUCACACCACCAGCUCUUCUUCAGGAUUUWUUUGGUUUACUUGUGAAAAGACCAGGCUGUAACCUGAAGAAAAACCCCUUCAAGAUCCCAUGAUACUGGAUUGUACAUUUCCACCAAGACCCUUCUCCAGGUGCUCGGGAGGUGUUGGUAUUUUUUCAGGGAAUAAAUGAUUUUAAAGCAUUUUGUAUGAUAGGGUGAAUAUAGAAAGGUUAACAAAUAUUGAGUAUAUUUUUCUAUCUUUUUAUAAAAUGAAUUGAAAGUUUGAAUGGAGCUGUAUACUUACUACCAAUAAAAUGGUAUCUAGGAAGCAUUAGAAAGCUGAUAGUCAAGUGCAUGAAAAUAAAAUGUGUUUGACUCCUACAUUUCUCUUACAGUACCAAUGUUUUUUUUUUUAGGUAAUACCUUACAUAUUUCAUAUUUCUGGCAAUCUGAAGCAGGGGGUAAGACAGAAAGAAAAAUAUAAAAGAAAUACAUUUUAUACAAAAUAAUACUAUUUGAGCUGUCUGGAAGUUUUCUUAUCUGUUUUCUUUGGGUUUUUUUUAACUGAGUUUUGUCAUAGGUAAUAAAUUGUGUGGAAAAAAAUAGAGUUGAAUACUGUAUUGUCUACUGCAACAGACAAGAAAAUUGCACAAAGUGGGAAUUUUGCACUAAUUCAAUCACCAAUUUUGAUGGAAAAAAACAAUAUGCAGACUAGCCCCAAAAGUUUUUAAUCUCAAUAAUACUAUAAUACCAUCUUGCAAACUGAAGAAACUCCACAUUUUUAAGGAUUUAUAUAACACUUCCAUAUAUUGUGUUUAUUUACAUUUUGGAAACCACAUACAAGUGAUACCUUAACAAGGGUUACAGUUUGGUAUAUUCCUAUUUAAAUAUUUUUACUGUUACAUUGGAGACAACCAAUGGUGUAAAGGUUCAUUAUUCUGCCAUUUAAUGACAGACAGGAUGAAACCACCAUUCCCAUGGGUUUUUUGAACAAGCAGUAUUUGAGAGUUUUAUACUAUGCACUGUCUUCAAUAACAUGGUUUUACCAAAUGAGUUCAGACAUUAAAACAAUGCUGUGUAUUAUGUGUUCAGCACUUUGGUAUUGGAAAUCUUUGCCAUACACCCCUUACAGCAAGGAGUUGUACAAACAUCUGCCAUAUUAAAAUGAAAUUAUUAAGAUUUUUUUAGGAAUAUGGUGGCAGGUGGUAAGUUUGGAGUGGCUAGAGAGGUUUACUUCUCUAAGGUUGCUGGCUUAGAGAAAGGAUGAAACACUUUCUGUGGGACUACCAGCAUGAGAAUACUUUUUUGUAUUCUAAUACUGUAACAUGAUUGAAUUAUUCUCAGGAUUUGGUCAUUUUCCCUUCAGACAAACACAAUUCUGAGUGGAGGGGAGGUUGCACAAAAAUUUAUAUGUGUAAUCUUUCUCUACUUUACUAACACUAGCUCUGUUACCACUUACAUUUUUGGCUUAAAGACUCUACUUUUGCUGACUUAUUUUUUUACAGCGUCAAUUUUUAGGAAUGURUUACCCUUUUAUUGUCACUCUUCCCUAAAAUAAAUUAAUGGAGGUCUUUAUUAAAAAUAAAGCUAAAUACUGCUGUGGUAACGAAAUUUGAGAAACUAUGUUGAUGCUUAUAUAUGAACUGUGUGUUCUGUGUGUUGUGUGUGUGGACACAUGUAUCAUUUUUGAUUUCUGCUUUUAAAAUAAAUUUUACCAGUAUGUGACCAAAGUACUCAAAAAUGUUUUGUAAGUUUUCGUUUUAUUAAYAUGCUUUGUAAUUAUUUACUAUGGUGGGGUUUUUUUUCAGUAAUUUAUACUGCCAUGACUUUUUAUUUGCUGAAGAUGACAUUUAUGUAUAGAAUAAAACUAAUGCAAAGCAUCAACAUGUUUCCUGUAUUAACAUAAAUUUGCACUUUUUUGGAAGGAAGUAUAGACAUAAAUAUUCAAGGGCUGCAAGUCUCAUUUACAUUGCUAAAAUGUACAAAAUUGAAACCUUAUAUACAGAACCUUUGCAUAUUUUUGCAGGAGAAAUGUUAUCAAAUUUAGAAUAUACGGAUAUGAUAAGUU